AGUUCCUGCUCCGGCUAGUCACAUACGCACCCACACAAACACACACACAGAGAGAGUCACAGUGCUGUAUCAUGUCGGAGAGCGCGUACUGAAGUGUGUGUAGUCGGGGCAGUAGACGGGGCAGUAUGAGUGCUGCAGGUUACCGGCUCGGGCUGCUGCUGCUGCUGCUGCUGCUCAGCUCCACACUGCAGCGGUGUCUGUCCCAGCCUCAGAGCUCCAGUGACAGCUCGUGGUACCAGGAUCUGUGCAGGUAUAAAUGGGAGGCUGUGGAUCAGGACAGCAAAGUGAAAUACACCCUGAAGCUCUGUUCUUCGUCUCCGGAGACGGCUUGUGGCCCGAACGCCGCCAUUUGCGCCCAGAAUCUGGUCACCAGCCAGAACCAGUCAGUGGGUGAUCUCUCCUUGCAGACGUCCUCCAACUCCAUGCUCACCUUCAACAGCACUCAGACCUGCCAAGGCGAGAGCAGCAAAGUGCAAAGCAGUAUCAGUUUCCAGUGCGGUAAAACAAUGGGGACGCCGGAGUUUGUCACCGUGUCGCAGUGCGUUCAUCACUUUGAAUGGAGAACUUAUGCAGCCUGCAGAAGAGACAAAUUCAGACCACUUAAGGAGGUUCCCUGCUACGUCUUUGAUUCGGAUGGGAAAAAACACGACCUCAACCCCCUCAUCAAAGUCACAGACGGCUACCUGGUCGAUGACUCGGACGAUAGUGUUGACUUUUAUAUUAACGUGUGCAGAAAUUUGGACCAAGCAAAUAGUCCCUGUCCUAAAGGCACUGCUGCCUGUUGGACUAAACAAGGCAAAUCAAUCAGCAUGGGGAAACCAGACAAGCCUCUGGAGCUCAUCUCUAAUGACAGGUUGAGGCUACAGUACGAGUCUGAAAACAAGACAUGUAAUGGGCACAAGCCUGCAGUCACCAUCACCUUCAUCUGCCCCUCUUCAAGACAGCAGGGAAGUGACCCCAAGCUGACCGCUGAGGGGAACUGUCGCUACGAGGUGGAGUGGGUGACGGAGUACGCCUGUCACAGAGACUACCUGGAGAGUCACGACUGCAAACUGACCAGCCAACAGCAUGACAUCUCUAUCGACCUCACACACCUCACACACGGCUCUGGAGACACUCCCUACGCUGCUGAGGCUAAGAUCGGGAAGGACACCUACAUGUUCUAUCUUAAUGUGUGUGGGGAAACCAGAGCCGGCGAGUGUGCUGAUGAGAAGGGUUUCGUGUCGUCUUGCCAGGUGAAGGUGGGAGAAAGUAUCAACAAAAUCGCUGGGAGGUUCCAGAAUCAAACACUCCGGUACUCUGAUGGAGAUCUGACUCUCAUCUAUCCAGGAGGAAAUGGCUGCAGCUCCGGCUUCCGGCGAAUGACCAUCAUUAACUUUGAGUGCAACACAACAGCAGGGAACGGCAACCCCGUGUUCACAGGAGAGGUCGACUGCACGUAUUACUUUAACUGGCAGACAUCAUACGCAUGUGUAAAAGAAACCAAAGACCUGAUGUGCAGAGUCACUGAUGGCAAAAUGCAUUAUGACCUGUCCCGUCUCACUCGCUACGCAGCAUCCGAUGCACAACAAAACUGGGUGGCGGUGGAUGCUAACGUUCCAGAGACGGGCAAAAAACUGUACUACGUUAACGUGUGUAAUAAAAUCAUCAAGGAGAAUGCGACUGCCUCGUGUCCUGAAGAUGCAGCUGUAUGUGCUGUGGGAAAAGGAAAGUUCAGAAGCCUGGGCAAAUUCCUCUCCUCACCGCAGAAAGACCUGAUGGGGAAAGACUUGAGGCUCAUAUACUCAGACGGAGAUGAGUGCAGGAAAAACACAAAGAUUAAAAGUAUCAUUACUCUGAAGUGUAAGCCGGGUGACAUGGACAGCGCCCCCAUCAUGCGGAGCGUGUCCGGGGACGGCUGCGUUUAUGAGUUCGAGUGGCAGACUGCUGCCGCCUGUGUGCUCACCAGAACAAAGGGGGACGACUGUAAAGUGGAAAACUCCACUGCAGGAAUUUCUUUUGACCUGACCCCGCUGCGGAAGGCUGAUGGAGGUUACUACAACGUAUCCAAUGACAAAUAUGACUACUUUAUUAAUGUGUGUGGGAGUGUUAAGGCUGCAAACUGCCCUGAGAAAUCAGGAGCCUGUCAGGUUGACAAGAGUACUAAAACUAAUUCCUGGAACCUGGGCGAGUUUAGCUCCAGUCUGUCGUAUUACGAUGGCAUGGUCGAGCUGGACUACAAAAACGGCUCUCGGUACAACAACAAGCAACACACACAGCGCUCCACACACAUCUCCUUCCUGUGUGACCGAGAGGCCGGGCUGGGUAAACCUGAGUUUCAGGCUGAGGAUGAAUAUACCUACAACUUCAGGUGGUACACCUCAUACGCCUGUCCGGAGAGGCCAUGGGAGUGUGUGGUUACUGACCCUGUUACUUUACAGCAGUUUGACUUGUCCAGUUUGUCGAGGUCGAGCGGAUCCGCUAACUGGGAGGCCAUGGACACCAAAUCCAUGAGGAUGUACUACAUCAACGUGUGCCGGCCGCUCAGACCCGUGCCAGGCUGCGACCGACUCGCCUCAGUGUGCCAGAUAAAAUAUGAGAGUGCUCAGGAGAUACCGUCUGAAAAAGUGACCAUCAGUAACCUGGGCGUGGCUACAAAAGGCCCUGUUUUCCUAGAGGACAAUCAGCUGAUGCUGGAGUACACAAACGGCUCGGUGUGCGAGAUGGACGGGAAGAUGAGCACCUACACCACCCGCAUUCACUUCGUCUGCUCCAAAGGACUUGUGUCAUCCGGUCCAAGGUUCAUAUCAAAUCAGGACUGCACAGUGAACUUCAUGUGGGACACCGAGGCAGCCUGCGCCAUUUCAACUGCCGUAGACACCAAUCAGACUUGUUCUUUGAAGCAUCCCAACACCGACUUUGAGUUCAACCUGCUCCCUCUGGCCUCCGAAAACGCAUACAGGACAACUGCGAAUGGAAAAGAGUUCAUCGUGAACAUCUGCUCGGCUGCUCGGCAGUGCGGAACGGACAAGACAGACGUAGCAGGCUGUGUGGUGGAGGACGGCAAGCCUCAUAGUUUCGUAGGAGUGGAGAGAUCUCUGCAGUUGUCCACUGAUGGUCUGCUUACUCUCACCUACAGAGGAGAGAUGGAUAAACUGCUGGGCACCAGAGCCACGUUCAGCAUUAAUUUUGUGUGUGAUCAGAGUGCCACUAACGGCUCCCUGAAGCUCAUUCGUGAAGAGAUGAGCACGUCCACACACGUGCAGCAUGACGCUCUUUUCGAGUUCUCUACAGCUCUGGCUUGCGAGCCUGCACCGGUAGAUUGCCGUGUCACUGACUUUCAGGGAAAUGAGUACGACCUGAGUGACCUCAGUCUGGAUAAUAAGGCCUACAUUCCCUUAGACACGUCAGCUCAGGCCAAAUCUCAGAAGUUCUUCAUCAAUGUGUGUAAACCUCUGCCAUUUGUCCAGGGCUGCCCAGUUGGAGUAAUCGGAGCGUGCGGUCAGUUAAAUGGCCGAGGUGUGAACCUGGGCUUUGUGCAGUCCAGCCUGCAAGCCGGCUCAGAUGGCUCCAUCAGCAUCGUCUAUCAGAACGGGGAUAAGUGUGGCUCAGGAGGGCGUUACUCAACACGCGUGAUCUUCCAGUGUGACGAUAGCCCUGGGUCACCGAUUUUUGAUCGUAAGGACGGCUGUGAAUACGUCUUCAUCUGGAGGACCUCGGAGGCUUGCCCUGUUAAGAGAGUACAAGGUGCAAACUGUAAGGUAAAGGACCCCAGGAGUGCGUAUGAGUUUGACCUGACUCCACUGUCUGGGAAGGAUUAUGAGGUGAAGAGCUCGCAGUAUGAAUAUCACGUUGCUGUAUGCGGCCCUCUUAAGACGACAGUGUGUCCACAUGGAGCUGAGAACAUGGUCUCCUCCUGCCAAGUAGAGGGUACCAUUCACAGGGUAUCUGGACUGGCUAAUCAAAACUUAACGCUUGAUGAUGGCAUUAUAAUGAUCAACUACACACACGGGGAAACCUGCCACACGAUUUAUGAGCGAUCAACAGCCAUUAUGUUUUCCUGUGACCACAGCAAGAAUCUGGGGACGCCAGUGUUUAUCAGAGAGACAGCAGACUGCACCUACUUGUUUGAAUGGCAAACAGCUUUGGCCUGUCCUCCUUUUAAGACCACCAGCUGCUCCUACAAUGAUGGCAGUGGACACUCGUAUGAUCUGUCCUCCUUGGCUCUGCACAACAGAAACUGGGUGGUUCUGCCUCAGACUGGCAACAAAGACCAGCGCUACUACAUCAACGUGUGCAAGUCUCUCGUACCUCAAAGCGGUUCAUGGGGCUGCCCGAGCAGAGCUGCAGCUUGUCAGAAGAACGGUGAUAAGUAUGUGAGUCUGGGAGAAGCUCAAUCCGAGCCACAGUGGGAGGGAAACACGCUGGUGCUGAAGUACACGGACGGUGCAACCUGCCCGGGAGGAGACCGCAAACGAUCCACCAUCAUCCGCUUUAAAUGCGAUCACAACAAAGUGGACUCGAAGCCCACUCUGAUCACUGCACUAGAGGACUGUGUGUACAGCUUUGUGUGGUUUACAGCAGCAGCGUGUCCUCUUAACAGCACAGAACAUGGAGACUGCAAGGUCACUAAUCCACUCACAGGGCAUCUGUUUGACCUGAACUCACUCACUCAGGAAGGUGGAUAUACGGUGUACCACAGCAUAGACGUGAGGAGGAUGUAUCGCCUCAAUGUCUGUGGCCCCAUGAAGAACACAGGCUGUGCUUCAGAAGCAGGAGUGUGUAUCAAAGACACUAAAACAGCUGUGAAUGGAGGAAUGUUUAGCAAGAAGCUGGUCUAUAAGGACCAGGUGGUGGAGCUGACCUACGAAGGCGGAGACAUCUGUGCAGCCAAUUCGUCACUGAAACACAAGAGCAUCAUCAGCUUCAUCUGCAAGUCUGAGGGAGGCGGCACCAGCAAGCCCGUGCUGGUCGGUUCAGACAAGGACACGUGCACUCACUUUUUUUCCUGGCACACACCGCUGGUCUGCGAACAACAGGUGAGGUGUUCAGUUUGGAACAAAACCAGCCUGAUAGACCUGAGUCCUCUGAUUCACCUCAGCGGGUACUACACUGCCACGGACGAGGACACGGGCGAGAACGCAGACGAGAGCAAGGACACGUCUCGUGUCUUCUACAUUAACAUCUGCCAGCCUCUAAACCCCAUUCCAGGUGUCAAGUGUCCUCCUGGAGCGGCAGUGUGCAUGGACCCUCCUAAAGGAGACCCCAUUGACAUCGGACAUGCCACGUCCCCUCCUAAGUAUAACUCUGCCACUGAUGAGGUGGAGAUUGAUUUCACCAGUACAACACCAUGUGAAGCUGAUCCCUCCAUCAACUACACCUCCAGAAUCAUCUUCACCUGCCAGAAAGACACAGACCUGGGAUCUCCUGAGAUGAUGCGUCAGGUGGACUGCAUGUAUGUGUUCGAGUGGCCGACGCCUCUGGUGUGUCCGGAGACGGUCAGCGCGCAGGGCUGCAAGCUCCAAGUCUCCCAGCUGCAGUACACCUUUGACCUCUCGCGUCUGUCAGGAGACGUUCAGGUUCCUGCUUCCUCUGGAACGUAUAAGCUGAAUGUAUGUGGGUCUGUGACGGACAAGGCGUGUAAGAAGAGUCCGGUGUGUUUGGUCUCCGGGACUUCGGCAUCCUCGUUUGGUCUGAGCCAAGCCAUGAGUCUGAACUACAGCCGAGAGGAGCAGGCUGUCAUCAUGCAGUAUGGAGGUGGAGACCCCUGUCCUUCAGUGACCACAGAGGGAGUUGUGUGCGUUUUUCCCUACUUGUUCAUGAACAAGUCCUAUUCUGAGUGCACAGAAGAUGGCAGGGCUGAUGGCAGGAAGUGGUGCUCCACUACAGCUAACUAUGACAAAGACCACCAGUGGGGCUUCUGUUCUAAUGUGACCGCUAAGAGGCAGUCGACAGUCUUGUUCACGUGUGACCGUUCGGUGGGCCACGGCAAUCCCCAGCUGCUCAGUGAGACGCAGUCUUGUUCCAGCACCUUCCAGUGGCGCACUAAUGUCGUCUGUCCGCCGAAAAAGAUGGAGUGCAAACUGGUGAGCCACCACCAAACCUACGACCUGCGCACUCUCUCCUCCCUCACCGAGCCGUGGAAGUUCAGCAGCACCGAUAAGAGCGAUGCUUACUACAUGAACCUGUGCCAGGAAAUCCACGGAGGCCUGACUGAUUGUCCAGAGGGAGCCGCCGUGUGUCGCAGGCGCUCCAGGGGAAAGACAGAGACCCUGGGACGAGUAUUUACUCAGACCAUGGGCUUAACUGAUGGAAAGAUACUGGUGAAUUACACCAUGGGGGAUGCCGUGUGUGGGAAUUCGAAACCAGCCAAAACCAUCGUGCAGCUGUCAUGCGGCAGCACUGUGGGUCGUCCGAAACUCCUGAAGGAGGAUACGGCAGCCUGUGAGUUCUGGGUGGAGUGGGAGACUCGAGCAGCCUGUGCAGUGAAGCAACAAGGGGAGCAGGUGGAGAUGGUGAACGGCACCAUCAAAGUUCCACAGACGGGUGCCGUGUUCAGCCUGGGAGAUCUUUACUACAGACUCCACAAAGCCACAGGAGACAUCAGACCCAAUGGUGACAGCUACAUCUAUCACAUCCAGCUAUCAGGCAUCACGAACAGCUCCUUAUCCCAGUGCCUGGGCGCUAAUAUCUGCCAGGUGAAGAAGGACGCCACCUACUGCAGGAAGAUCGGCUCCUCCAACAAGGCCAAGUACUACAUCAAAGGGGACAGUCUAGAUGUGCUCGUGCCUUCGGAGUCUGUGUGCGGUCGUGACAAGUCGAAGACCAUGUCGUCGGCCAUCUUGUUCCACUGCAAGCCCGAGGCCGGAGUGGGCAUCCCCGAGUUUCUGCUGGAGACUGAUGGGUGUCAGUACCUGUUCGUCUGGCACACCGACAAAGUCUGUGAACUUUUCACCAUGAACCAGCAGGUUAAGGACAGCGAGGAUGCUGGAUUAUCAGGGCGGAGUCAGGCUCUGGGUGUGAUGCUUAGCCUGCUGCUGGUGGUGCUUACCAUCUGUCUGCUUGUUCUACUGCUUUACAAGCAAGAGAGGAGGGGGCUUUUUAUACAGAAACUCACCAGCUGCUGCAAACGGAGAAAUCAAGUGUCCUAUAAAUACUCCAAGGUGAGCAUGGACGAGGACGGCUGUGAGGACGAGAUGGAGUGGCUGAUGGAGGAGGUGGAGAUUCCGGCGCAGACACCUCACGAGAACGGCCACAUCACCACCAAACCGGUGAGUGCUGACGCGCUGCGCUCCUUCUCCCUAGACGAGCAGGACAGCGAGGAAGAAGUGCUGACCAUCCCCGGAGUUCGAGUCCACUCGGGACGAGUCUCCGCUUCUUCUUCCUCCUCUCGUUUCCUGAAGAAGAACGAGAGCGAUGAGGAUCUGGUGGGGCUGCUGGACGACACGGGGAGAAAGAACACGUCCAAACCGAGCUCCAGACAUCCGAGGAAAGCGCAGGGAGACCCAGACGACAGCGACGAGGACCUCCUUAAAGUCUGAGGAUUCCUGUCAUGAACUUCUGAACGUCCCUCUAAACUCGCUCUGGUCAUUUAGUCGAUUUAUUUGUUGUUGAUUUUUUUUCUAAAGGGAAAUCUAUUUAUAUCUGUUCAGUGCUUAUCAAACGGACAGUCGAUGCCUUGGUGAUGAAAAUAUUUCAUCAUUUAAUUGUUUGUGUCUUUCUUUCUCAGAGUCGGGUCGAUUUGAUUAAAAAUUGAUUUGUACAGAGAUGUUCUUCUAUGUGAAGACAAAAAAAAGAUGGGUUAUGAUCUGUUAUUUAAGUAUAUGGGUUGAUUUUUUUGAUUUCAGUUGUAUUCAUCUCCCUUAUUUCCACGGCAACCGGUAGCCAGUCGUGAAUACGGAAAAUCCUGUGUUAGAGGUUCCCAGUAUUUUUGCACAUGGAGCCACGAGGAAUCGCAUUAACGUUUUAUCAGAUGUUUUUUUUCCACUGUAUGCUUUUUGCAUCACUUGCCCCACAGGAUAAAAAAAUCUGCUUUGUAUCUGCCACUUCCUUUUAGAUACCAAACCAUUUCGAGUAAAGGGACGUGUCCUGCAUUGCUUUAACUUCCCUUUUUGCCAUAAAAGCAUGCUGUGUAACCCUUACCCAGAACAUGCGCAGUAUUUUAACGCUGGGAGAUCUCUUUUCCCUCCAUGAGCUCACUGAAACUUAUUGUCUCAGUCUUUGUUUCAGCUUUUUCUGAUUUUUGCUUUUCAGGUAUUAUUGUGCAUUUUAAUAAUUGUUAAAUGAAUUACUUGCACAGUUAUUGUAUGUAAAAAGUCAUACUUACGAUGCACUCGGAUUAUAUUUUCAGCACUGGAUGAGGGUUUAAAAGUUGUAAGGUGACGAUAACAGUGUGAUUUUGGCCUUAGACUCAAGACUGUGACACGUGAUGUGGGUUUUUUUUCCCCCAAACAGCCUUUUUUUCUGUUUUUCUGCAGUUGUAGUUUUGACUAAAUAGUACGAUUUGAUCAUAAACCAACUUCCUGUGGAUUUUUCCUGAAGUGGCCUGUUUUUGACGUGGGACGUUAAUGUUUCAUACCGUGUCUGAAUGCAAUGAGCCCAAAUGACUUCUCUGAAAGGUUUUGUGAUUUGCAGAAAGACUACUGAUGAGGUUGAAUGUUUGAAGGUGUCACUAACUCCUCUCUGUACACAUAAACUUGGUACGUGUCUUUUUUUUUUUUUAUUAUUUGAAUCACAUAUACAGAGCCUCCUACUGAUGGCCUUCUUUCUGCCAAAAUUUCUUUUGAAUUGUUUGCUUAUCUGCUCUUUUUUGUUUUGUAUUUAAAAAAGUUCAUACUGAGACAUUACAUUAUUUCAAUAAAAAAGAACGGCUGUUAAAAUA